CACGUCGCAAUGUCGCUACCGUCCUUCCUACUUUCCUUUCCUUUCUUUUUGAUUUUGUCUUCACUGAAGUGAAAUUUACGUUGUUCACUUUAAUUUUCACCAAACAUGAUUUACCGGACCGAGAAAAUUUACAGUUCUAAAAGUUAAGCCUAAAAAACGAAUCCCCCAUUUUACAUGCUUCUUCAGCGCUCAAAUGCUUAUAGGAAUUUUGCGAUUUCUGUUUUCGCAGACUCUACAACUGUCUCAGGUCUUGGAAGAGAGAUAAGUGGCUGAAUUCCUGAAUUUUAAGUAAUCUAGUCCUCUAAAUUUCUUGGUAAUUGUACCUAUUUCUUGUAGUAAUUAGUUGCCAUAAGAUGGCAACUUAUAUUUCUCCAUGUUUAAUGCCUUCUGAUGUUCGAAAGCCAGUGGGGGUACUGACUGCUCUUGGAAAAAGAACAUCAAUGGAGAAUCAUUUGGCUAAGGUUGGAACCCUCAAAAUGUUUGACAACAAAAAUGUACAUGUGGGUUUUAGCCAUAAGUCAAAUCUGCCCCAGUUUAAAUGUUCUUCUAACAGUAGUUUGAGUCCUUACCAAAGCAAGGACCCUUUUCUGAACCUGCACCCUGAAGUUUCAAUGCUUAGAGGUGAAACUAAUAACACCAUAAGCAACCCAAGGAAGGACACUUCAAGUGGAAUGGUAACUGAGAACCUUGGAGAUAUUCCAGGGCUUGUCAAUGUGGACUUCGCUGAUGUGCGAGCUAUAAUGGCAAAUGCAGGUUCUUCGCUUAUGGGAAUAGGAACUGCGACUGGAAAGACCAGAGCAAGAGAUGCUGCGUUGAAUGCAAUCCAGUCACCUUUGCUAGACAUCGGUAUAGAAAGGGCUACUGGAAUUGUUUGGAACAUAACUGGCGGAAGCGACCUGACCUUGUUCGAGGUAAAUGCUGCUGCAGAGGUAAUAUACGACCUAGUGGAUCCUACUGCCAAUUUAAUAUUUGGAGCUGUUAUAGAUCCAUCAAUUAGUGGUCAAGUUAGUAUAACCCUAAUUGCUACCGGAUUCAAACGCCAAGAUGAAAGUGAUGGGAGGCCCCUGCAGGCAAGCCAGCUAGCACAAGGAGAUGUCACCGGAAUCAAUAGGAGACCUUCUUCAUUCACUGAAGGUAGCACAGUCGAAAUCCCUGAAUUUUUGAAGAAGAAAGGACGUUCACGUUAUCCGAGAAUUUGAAUAAGAUUUUCUUCUUCUGUUAAAUGUCUCAUCCUCCUGCAAAUCUGCCUCACCUGGCAUCUCUUGUUGGUUCUACAACAGCAUCCAGUGUUAGUGUUCUUCAGCCGUGAGAUUUUACAGUACAUGCUUUGUUCAAAAUAUAGGCUUGCCUUUUAGGUUCUAGAUUGGUUUUGUCUUCUAUUACUAACCACUGUAAGAUAUAUUUGCUUCCAAGCACUUCAAUAAGUAAAAAAGUUGAUCAAGUCGCAGCUUAUCUGCUAAUUC